AUGCAAUACAUCUGUCUCCUGGUCAUCAGCCUCAUCCAUUUCAUACUUCUUGGGAACACGUCAGGACAGACUGUGAUUGACAUCAGCAAGGACAAGUCAUUUUCUGCUAAAGUUCACGCCUCACCGCUCGCCAUAAGUCCCUUGCACUGUGCCAAGUUGUGUCUGGUCGACCCGCUAUGCCAGGCUUUCACAACCAAGUGUGACUGGAACAACUACAACCACUGCACCUGCAACCACAACAACACCUACAACUACAGCAACACUUACUACACACACCACAACCACUAUACCUGCAACUACAAUCACAACACCUUCAGCUACACCCACAUCACCUGCAACUACACCCACAUCACCUACAGCUACAACCACUAUACAUGCAACUACAAUAACAACCCCUGCAACUACAAUCACAACACCAGCAUCUACAACCACUCCACCUGUAACUACAAUCACAACACCAGCAUUUACAACCACUCCACCUGCAACUACAACUACCACGCAAACUACAACCACAACACCUACAGCUACAACCACAAUUCCUGCAACUACACCGACAUCACCUACAGCUACAACCCCUACACCUGCAACUACAACCACAACAUCAACAACUACAACCACAUCACCUGCAACUACACCUACAACACAAACUACAACUACAACCACAAUUCCUGCAACUACAACAACAACUACAACUACAGCAACACUUACUACACACACCACAACCACUAUACCUACAAAUACAACUACAACCACAACAUCUGCAACUACAACCACUACAUCUGCAACUACAACUACCGCACAAACUACAACCACUAUACUCGCAACUACUACAACACCACCUGCAACUACAACCACAACACCUACAGCUACAACCACAUAUCCUGCAACUACACCCACAUCACCUACAGCUACAAAAGCUGCACCUGCAACUACAACCACAACAUCUACAACUACAACCACAUCGCCUGCAACUACACCUACCACACAAACUACAACAAUACCUGCAACUACAACUACAGCAACACUUACUACACACACCACAACCACAACACCUACAACUACAACAACAACACCUACAUCUACAACCACAUCUCCUGCAACUAUAACCACAACUCCUGCAACUACAACCACAUCACCUGCAACUACAACUACCACACUAAUUACAACCACAACACCAGCAACUACAACCACUCCACCUACAACUACAACUACCGCACAAACUGCAACCACUAUACCUGCAACUACAACAACACCUACACAACAAUAACCACAACUCCUGCUACUACAGCCACAAUACCUACAGCUACAACAACAACACCUGCAACUACAACCACAACACCAGCAACUACAACCACUCCACCUGCAACUACAACUAACGCACAGACUACAACCACAACACCUGCAACUACAACUGCCACACUAACUUCAACCACAACUCCUCCAACUACAACCACGACAUCUACAACCACAAUACCUGCAACUACAACUAGCACACUAACUACAACCACAACACCUACAACUACAACUACCACACUAACUUCAACCACAACACCAGCAUCUACAACCACAACAUCUACAACCACAACACCUACAAUUGAAACUACUUCACUUACAUCUACAACAACAAGACCUAUAUCUACAACACAUAGUACAACCACAAUGAUAACACCUACGUAAACUACAUCCACAACGCCUACUGCCACAUCACGUGUGAAAACUACAACACCUACUUAAACCAAAACAACGCCUGCCACAAACACAACAAAGCUCACUUUAACAACACCUACCACUACCACUACCACUACAUCACUACACCUACUGCAAAAGCAAUGCAAUACCAACUACAACUAAAUCUACUACAACACCAACUACAACCACAACAACCAGAGAAUUAUCG